AUGCAGCAAACUGCCUAAAACCCAAUUAAUGUUGGGGGUUUCAGCAAUAGAUAUUCAAAAAGACAUACCGGAAAAUUUUUUAAUUAGCAAAAUCAAGAUGAUACUUAAUCAGAAAAUUAUUUUGUGAUUAAUAGAACGAAUGAUGAAAAUUCUGACAAUGGUACUGAAUUUGGAUUUAAGCAAUCAUUAAACACAACACUUUAAAGAGUAGAAUAAAUAGGAUUCAGCCCCAAUAAAAGAGAAAUGUUUUCAAUUACUGAUGCUAAUGCAGCAGCUUUUGGAAUCUAGCUUAACCCCUUGCUCAAAACUUAAACAUAACAUUCAAUUCUAGAUGACUUAGUAGCAUCAGAAAAUGAAUUUGUUGUAGAUAUAAUUGGGAACCCGAAACCCCAAAAUAAAUUAAGUCUUAGAACUAAGAUUGCUGAUCAAUAUAGCCUAGAAAAAAAUAAGUUUGAUCCAUUACAUAGAAAAAGAUCUAUGAGACUCGAGGCUGAAAACGAGGCGAAUUUCGAUAACCUAUUAGUUUUAGAUGAAGAUAAUUUACAUAGGACUGUGAUAGGUUAAUUUAUUGCCCAGUAUGAGGGAUUUGAAAUUGAUAUCUAUGAUGAUGAAACUCAACUAUUUUCUGAAAUGAUGAAUGUUUAUGCAAUGGAUAAAAGAUAAGAAUGUGUGGCUAUAAUCACAUCUUAAUUCAUUUACCUGAUUUCAAUGAUUAAUCAAAAGCUAAUCUAUGACCCAAUUAACCUAUCGCUUAUUGAUUAGUUUAUAACACCUUAGCUCAAAGAUAUUCCAGUUUAUGCCUUUAAGUUUAGCAAUAUAAGCCUUAUGGGUUAGUCUCAUUUAAUUUUGGAAAAAUGCUUAUCACACCAUAAUGAGCAAUUGCUAACUGAUUUUGUAAAAAAGAUGAGGCUGAAUCUAAACUUUACUUUUUUAAUAACAUAAACUGACUCUUUCUAGAUUUAGUUGGAGGGUGAAGAGAUUCCAUCUAGCUUUAAUUUUGCAUCACUAAGACCUAUUGAAAAUAUCAGUAAAUACAAUAAGCUAUCAAUCGUUACAUAUAUGAGUGGUUUUGUAUAGAAAAAAGACAAAUCUUGGACAAGUAGAUUGUCAUUAAGCUCCUAAUAAAAGUGGAAUAAAAGAUACUUGAUUUUGACUAAUUUCGGUUUGCUUGAGUAUGAGCCCGAAUCAUUUGACAAGCCGAAACAUAUCCAUGAUAUAAAAUCUUCAAAGCUCUUGGUAAAUGUUCAGGUAAAUCCAAAGAAAGGAGAUGGAAUUUUUAGGUUGGCUGGAAAAGAUUAAGAAGAGUUAGUUUAUCAAGUGGAUCAUCCAAUUUAUUACUAGUAAUGGAUUGAUAAUUUUAAUUCGAUUCUAGAAUAUUUGGUAGAAAGUUAUAAAGUGAAGAAUUAAAAAUAAUGA